AUGGGUUCACCCUUAGGCCCCACAUUUGCUAAUGCUUUUUUGUGCUAUCAUGAACAAAACUGGUUGAACAAUUGUCCAACAGAAUUCAAGCCCGUCUACUUUAAAAGGUACGUUGACGAUAUUUUUGUGUUGUUUUCAUCCCCGGACCACUUGCCUAAAUUUCAAAAUUACUUGAAUAAAUGCCAUCCUAACAUCUCUUUUACAUCAGAGACGGAAAAGAGCAAUAAAUUAUCUUUCCUUGACAUAUCCAUUACUCGCGAUGUGGACCGAAAGUUUAUUACAUCCAUAUAUAGAAAGCCUACUUUUAGCGGAGUGUACACGCACUUCGAUAGUUUUAUACCUGAAAGCUAUAAAUUCGGCUUAAUUUAUACUUUGCUUCAUCGUUGUUUUAAAAUUUGUUCAAGUUGGUCAAUUUUCCAUCAUGAGGUUAUUAGAAUCAAAGAUAUCUUUAUUCGAAAUGGUUAUCCAGAACUAUUUAUUGGCAAGGUCAUAAAACACUUUUUUUCAAUAUCUCGCAAAACAAAAGAAGUCACCCACACAGCUGAGAAGAAAAACAUUUUGAUUGUUCUCCCUUUUUUAGGUAAAACAUCUUUACAAACGAGAACGAAGUUAGAAAAACUUUUCAAAUCUACUUUGCAUUGUUGUAAACUUUCUGUUGUUUUCAGAACUCACACUCGCUUAUCUAACUUCUUCAGAUUUAAAGACCUGUUGCCCAAAGAAUUAAAGUCAGGCGUCAUUUACAAAUAUAAGUGCAGUGGCUGCAACGCCACUUAUAUAGGUGAGACGUCGCGUCAUCUUAAGGUUCGGGCAAGCGAGCACCUCGGAGUGUCUCCCUUAACAGGUAAGAAAUCAACCUCAUCUAAUUGCACGGCAAUUAAAGAUCAUCUUAAAGCCUGUCACACCACAUCAUCUCUUGACGAUUUUAGUAUACUCUCUAGGGGUAACAACCGGUAUUUGCUAGAGAUUAAAGAGAGUUUGUUCAUAAUGCGGGAUAGUCCCCAGUUGAAUAACAACAUUAGAUCUGCUCCAUUGUAUUUAUACAAUUAG